AUGGAGAUUUUAUACUCUGAGAAGGAUAUGAUUUUGCAUCAUCUGAAGUAUGAACUUGAACUUCUGAAGAGAUUUGAGCUGAAAAAUUGCAAGACUGCAAUCAUACCUAUUGAAACGAAUCACAAGUUGGAUUAUGAUGUUGAAGUUGGAAUGGUAUGUAGGUUUAUGAACAAACCAAAAUGGUCACAUUACCAAGUUGUUGUAAAAAUUCUGAGAUUUGACAUAAGUACUUCUGAAUAUUUUUUCAAGUAUCUGGGAGGUCUUGUCUCUUGGUUCUCUGAGAAGCAACCACUGGUUGCAUUGUCAACUUGUAAAGAUGACUACAUUGUAGAUGAUUUGACUGUGUGUCAAGCUAUUGGCCUUAUGAAUUUGUUGCAAGAUCUGAAGAUCAAAGUGAACAAGCCUAUGAAGCUGAUGAUUGACAACAAAUCAGCCAUACGCUUUGCCAAAAAUCCAAUGCUGCAUGGAAGAAGCAAGCAUAUUUAUACAAAGUUAUGCACUGCAGUACUCAUAAGCAACUUGCAGAUGUUCUGA